GACAGGACGGGUAGUCACGCGGACAGGUAGUCUCGGGGACAGGUAGUCUCGGGGCGUGUCGUCCGCGUUUCAUGAGAAUCAUUUAAGGCGUCGCGGUGGGGAAACAUCGACAGAGGAAAGACCGCGAGCCGAACGCAGACAUGGAUUUAACUCGGUUAUCGUCGCUGCUGAUGAUCUUCUGCUGCUUCUACGCCUCAAGUGCCACAAGCCCCUCCAGAGGACGGGGGUUCAUCGGGUACGUGGACCCCGAAAACUCCCAACAAGUUGUCGUGGACCGGGCGACCUCCGACGCGCUGAAGAGCAAUCUCACCACCGUCUUCCUGCCGAUCGUCUACAUCUUCGUGUUCGCGGUGGGGCUCCCCGCCAACGGCAUGGCCAUCUGGGUCUUCCUCUUCAGGACCAAGAAGCAGCACCCGUCCUCCAUCUACAUGGCCAACCUGGCCCUGGCCGACCUGCUCUUCGUCAUCUGGACGCCGCUGAAGGUUUCCUACCACCUCAACGGCAACGACUGGAUCUACGGCGAGCCCAUGUGCAAAGUGCUGGUGAGCUUCUUCUACGGGAACAUGUACUGCUCCGUGCUCUUCAUCGCCUGCCUCAGCGUGCAGAGGUACUGGGUGGUGGCUCACCCUCUGUCCCAGCAGAAGAGGAACAACAAGGUGGCCGUCGGCGUCUCCGUGGCCAUCUGGGCUUUCGUGUGGCUCACCAGCACGCCGCUGUACCUGUACGACCACACCGCCAGGCUCAAAGACCCCAACGUCACCACCUGCCACGACGUCAGCGUCAUCCAGGACGCCCUUGACCCGUUCGCCUCCGUGCAGCUCCCCUACUACUACUUCAUCUUCAUGGGUCUGGUGGUGUUCCUCGUCCCCUGCGUGGUGAUUGCCGUCGCCUACGUCCUGCUGCUCCGGGCUCUGGGGAACAGCAUGGAGAAGAGCGCGGCGGGGAAGAACCGCCGUAAAGCCGUGGUGCUGAUCGUCACCGUGCUGGUGACGUUCGUGUUGUGCUUCGUCCCCAGCAACAUCAUGCUGGUGGUGCACUACUCGCUGCUGAAGGACGGGGUGGUGAACAACGGCUACGGCUUCUACGUCACCACGCUGUGCCUGGCCAGCCUCAACAGCGUCCUGGACCCCUUCAUCUACUACUACGUGUCCGAGGACUUCAGGGACCACGUGAAGAACACCUUCCUGUGCAGGAGCAGCAGGACUGUGGAGAGGAUGAGGGUCUCCUUCAGCUCCAUGAAAUACUCCAAGAAGAGCAAGGCCUUCGUGUCGGACGGCGGGACCACGCAGAGCAGCUCCUGCUAGAGAUGUGGAGAACCCCCACCCACCCCCCCCUCAAGGAACUGAGCGAGAAGAUAGGACUUUAACAAUGGAAGGCCCAGUGGUUACAACACGGGACCCUCGGUGAUCUCUUGACUGUGAAGAUGAAAUCCCAUUUUAAACGUUGUUUAACGUCGAGCGUGAAUCCGUAUUUAAACAUUUUUAUUUGAACGUGUAUAAAUGGAAAAGGAAUCUAUUAAGAUACUGAGAAUUGUCACCUGACCUGUUUGCAGUACUGCAAAAAAAUUUCAAGCAAACAAACGUCUGCGUUGAAGGACGAACAAAAAGAGACGCAGGUGCAGCUUUAGUCAAAACAGCAGCGUCCUUUUUAUUCCCUGGUCUUUGUUGUGCGUGUUUAUGUGGGCGCAUACCUGAAGCCGACGUGUUUUUAUCUUCUUAAACCAAACGCUCUUUGCUGUAAGGUUUGCCGCUGUUACAUAUUUUGUAAAAUAAAUUAUUUAAAACAAAGGAA